AUGGCGGCUGCUGCGGGCCUGCGGGCCUUCGGGGCAAAGGUUCCCGCCUGGCUCUGGCGCGGCCGGUGCGGGCCGCUCGCCGCCGGCUUCUGCAGCGGAGGGCCGACCGGGGCCCGGCGUCCGGAGCCGGAGCCGGGGUCGCGGCUCACUAGCUCGCGGCAGCGGGACGGCAUCAGGAACAUUGUCUUGAGCAAUCCAAAGAGGAGGAAUGCGCUGUCACUGGCAAUGCUGAAAUCUCUCCGAAGUGACAUUCUUCAUGAAGCUGAAAGCGAAGAUCUGAAAGUCAUUAUCAUUUCAGCUGAGGGACCUGUAUUUUCUUCCGGGCAUGAUUUAAAGGAACUGACGGAUGAGCAAGGCCCAGAACAUCAUGCUGAAGUAUUUCAAACCUGUGCUGAGGUCAUGAUGCUGAUCCAGAAUCAUCCCGUCCCCGUGAUUGCCAUGGUGAACGGCUUGGCCACCGCUGCUGGAUGUCAGCUGGUUGCCAGCUGUGACAUUGCCGUGGCCAGUGACAAAUCCUCAUUUGCAACUCCAGGUGUAAACAUUGGGCUCUUCUGCUCCACCCCUGGAGUGGCCUUGGGGAGAGCAGUGCCAAGAAAGGUUGCCUUAGAAAUGCUUUUUACUGGGGAGCCCAUAUCUGCUCAGGAGGCCUUGCUCCAUGGGCUGCUCAGUAGAGUAGUGCCAGCAGAUCAGCUGGAGGAAGAGACCAUGAGAAUCGCAAGAAAGAUCGCUUCCUUGAGCCGUCCUGUGGUGUCUCUGGGCAAGGCCGCCUUCUACAAGCAAGUGCACCAGGACCUUAGAACAGCCUACCACCUGGCCUCCCAGACCAUGGUGAACAAUGUGGCCUUGCAAGAUGGGCAGGAGGGAAUCAAGGCCUUCAUCCAGAAGAGAAAGCCUGUCUGGUCACACUGA